AUGUCUUGGAGUCGGCCGCUCGGAGGGAAUUCUCCUGUAAAUCAAGAUCGGUGGAACACGGGAGCACAGUCAUCUCUCCCGAAAGCUUCUCAUUAUUAUGAAGACAGAGAAAGUUUCCAGAUCACGAUGUCUUUCUUGAAUAAUAUAAGUCAUUCAGCUUACCUUUUGAGCCUUCGGCUAGAAAUGAUCGAAAAGGUCUUCUCCUGCAAAAUAUUGGUUAUGAAACCAACUAAGAGAAGCAUUCUAGUUGCAAUGGUCAGCGGCGAGAAAGUGAGUGGAUGAGUCCGAAAAAGUUAUAGAUUUGGAUCCGUAUAUGAAAUACUCUUCAGGACCUGUACAGCGUCAAAAACUUGAUCUCAAAUGCGGGAAAUUUUCUCCAAAUUCGAAUCAUUGUAAGUUUCUCAACAAAUCUCAAAAGUAGAAUUGCAUGAAAAACAUUUUUCAGUUUUACAAAGAGCGGAUGCCAGAGUUGGAAGACGGGUUCUCCGUCAUUUAUCCCAAGGAACAGUACGCAUCUGUUGGAAUAUACGACAUCGAUCGCAGGUCAGAUAUCUUAUUAAAAUGAAAAGUUCUGAAAAAUGCUCAUUAUUAAACAGUAAAACUUGUAAUAUUUUUGUUUCAGCCAUCCUGGUCUCGACCUUUUUAAGAAAAAGCCCUCCACGAAACCUCCAAGUAAUCCUAGCCUUUCUUCGGGCAUCACGUUUGCAGAAUAUAAAGAGUGAAUUUUUGAAAUUUGCUAUGUCUCGAAUUUCUCAGAUUUUAAAUAAAACAAUUUUUUCAGACGGGUUCAAGUCAAAAACGUCUCCGCUGCGUCGUCUUCAUAUGGCUUCAGUGCUUCUAGGUCCCCGACUGUUUCGCCUUUUGGUGGAGAUGUCAAUGGAAGUCACGGGCACACUAGUCCAGCUCCCGCAUUGAGGUUUACAUUGAAGAUUUUUGAAAUAGAGCCGUAUUAGGAAUCAGUGUGCGCAUAGAAUUGUGACUUUUAUAUUGAUACAUGUUUGAAAAUUUUUAUUUUUUGAAACUCAGAAAGUUUUUUUUUAAUGACUCCAAAAAAAUUCUUGAAGUUUUUGAUGGUGGCUAUCUUUUCAGCGGAAGUCUCAUGGGGACGAACCAUCCCAACGCUUUCCACCGCACCACACCUUCGCCGAUUGCCUGCUUCCCUCCAACAAGCCCACUGUUUCCAAAGUGAGUUGGAAACGUUUGGAUGAAACAAUGAAUGAUUUAUAAUCGGAUAUUACCUGAACGCUCACCUAAAGCAUUUUCAGUGACUUCCGUGCCAACCCUUCGAAUCUUCAAAAUAUCCCGAACUAUGGACAGUUUUUCCCCUCGCCAAUGGCUCGCAGAGAUUUGUUCCCGAUGCCGCAGCAGAGGUAAUUUCAAAUUUAACACCAGAGAGAAGAUUGUUUUGGAUUCAGCUCGAAAUUGAUCUUUCAUGGGCAAAACGGUUAAAAAAUCUCAAAAUUUUCAGUGCCCCGUCCGACAUCCCGCCUUUGAUGGGUCUUGAGCCGUUGCUGCCGAGCCACUACCCCUUCCACUUUUAA